CUUCCACAAAAUUAUUUGUGCUGAUUACCAGGGUUACCAGUAUUUGUAUUGAUUAACCUCGAGGCUAUAUAAUUGUGUAUUAUUUGGAAAUUUUAGGUGUAAACCUGAAUGGUCCAGUCAAUCCGUUUGCUUGUUUACCAGAUGAGGUUUGUAAUUGAACUGCCACUGUGGGAUGUCAUCAUUUUCAUAAGACGGGAGAUGGACGUUCCUAAUUAGCCAUAGCCGGCUAUAUACUUUUCUCUGGGUGGGAAAUUCGAAAUAUUGCAUUUAUCACCACUGCUAGUAUAGGCUAGUAUCCACGGUCACAAUGUCCAAUUCUGUUUAAAACUAGGAUAAUGCUGUCCGUCUGUAUAAAGAAAAACUUGCAAUAUUUGACAAGGAGUUCCUACUAAAACAGCAAAAUAAUGAAGACAAUCUAUUUCUAAACUCCACGGAUUCUGCUGAACCUGCAGCGUUUGAAUUGCUAACUGGUUAUCUUUUUGACGGACAAUACGUUUCUUCGCGAGGUUAGUUGACAUUUUCUAUUAUUUUCAAGUAUUGAUGAUAUCAUUAUUGAUGAUAUCAGGGUCAGGAAAUCAGUAAUGUCUAUAAUGUUUGCCUAUUAAUUUAAAUUAUGCAGGUGGUUUGCAGUUUGAUAUGAAUCAGUUUGACAUAAGUUUUACAUUAGUCAUUACAUUAGCAUUGCAGCUCUUAUCAACUUUAUAUGUACAGUUGUUUUAUUCACAGGUAAAAAUGAGCCAGAUUUUGUGGAUGAAAAUCGAAAUGUCUUUCACAGAGGAAACGAAAAUUCAUCUAACGAUUACCACCAACAAAAUGUAAGUUUCUGAAAUUACUGUCAGUGUUCUACUGACUACUGUUCUUAAUAUAAGACCGUUCUUGACGUAUAUACAUGCCGUUAAUCUUUGUAAUCGGACAGAAACACAUCACACAUAUGUGACAUUGACGAUCUCGUCGUUCAAAUUAAUUUAUCAUAGUCCAUAGACGGCAAAACUUUUAUGAUCGGUCAUAGCGUACAGUCUGUAUGAAAUACAUAAUAUAUUCGACGAAAUGUACAAGAGUAUUUUUUCCAUGAAUAACUUUUCUCAAUAGCACUAGCAUGGCCCUAGCUUAUUAUCUGAUGCAUAAAUUUACGAGUAAUUAAAAUGCUAAAUGUUGUACAUUAUUUUUAUUGUGAAGGUAUUAGCCAGAUCGCAAGAUUGUGAUUCAGUGAUUAAAGACGGACCGCGUGUAGAUUCCACGGAAACCAUUGAAUGUAAUACAAUCAAUAAAAAUGACUUAAAUAUCGACUUGGACAAUAUAUUUGAAACAGUUAGCAAAGAACAUAUGGGCGAGAGUGAAGAGGCGCCAAAGUUCAUUGCGCAACCGCCAGUUCGGUAUGCAGAAACAGAAGAAGACGAAGACGAAAUCCCUGUUUUACCUACCUUUCGAAGAAGAACUUAUUUUGGAAAAGAUCUGAUAUUUGAAGAUCCAAUUGGAAGCGAACUGAUUGGUGAUGUUGAAUUUGAAGUUGAUUUUAACUAUAUUAUAAACGAUAUUGAAAAGGAAAUGGUCGACGAAGAACGAAGAUUGCCGAUAGCUCGUGUUCUCCCGAUCUAUAAAACACCUCCUGUUCUUGAUGAACAGCCCUAUGAAAAAUCAAUGACCACCAAAGGCAGUAGAGCCGUAGAUUUGAAUUUUAUUGAUGUGAAAACAGCAGGCGUUUAUGAACAGGACAAUCUUAGUCCAAUCAAUAGAAGAAAAAACAUCGUUGUUGGUACGGCCACAAUAGAGGCACAGAUAUCACAUAAAGGAAUGAUCAUCAACGAGGGACUGACAAGUUACAAUGAUGAUAUUUACACGAACUCCCAUAAAGGAAAUACUAAAAACUUUGAUAAUGUUAGUGGUACAGUAGAUGAUAUUGUAGAACAAAAGAGACUACUUUUGCAGAUUGAGCAAGAAGAAAGAAAAAAGCUCCGUGAAGGCCGACAUAAUGCAGGACAAAUUAAUUAUGAUAAAAGUUCGUAUAGUAUCAGACAUGGAAAAGACACAAAAAGACAAAUUAAUUUAAAUGAUACCAAUUAUCAUGCUGGAGUGCAAAGAAAAGAUAACCGGUCCAUUGUUGAAAAAGAAGGCGUUGCUGCUACAUCAUCAAAUUCAGGUGAAGGUAGUUACAUGAACGAAAAGGAAACAAACGUCACUGGAAUUGUAAAUUCAAAUCAAAAGGAUGGUUAUAAUAAGUCAAAUAAUGAAAACCAUUAUGAAGACGAAGAAGAAAAGAGAAGACUUUGUGAAGUUGAGGAUAAGGAAAAACUGUUGCUUGAGAGAAUAAAGUUUCUUGAGAAAAAACGACAACAGUUAUAUGAAAAAAAACGGCGCGAACGUGACUCGAAAAACGUUGGGCAAGAACACAAAGUGUAUGUAAAGCAAGAAGAUAAAGGAAAUAACCAAGUUUCAGAAAAAUCCAGAAAACAUCAAGAACAAAAUUCAACGAGCUCUACAUCUCCUGAUCCAUGGUCAAGUAGCUCUAAACAUGAUCGCAAAGAAAACAACGAGGACGAGAAAAGAAGAUUAGCCGAAGCGUUGGCAGCGAAGAGAAAGACUGAAGCGGAGUUAGAACAACAACGUGAAGAAGUGUUACGUGCAGCUGAGGAACGAAGAUUGGAGGAAGAAGCGAAGCAACGAGAAGAACAAGAAGCAGCCAAAGAACGAAAACGAAAUUUCCUGGAAAACCUUCGAAGAUUAAAACAACGUGUUCUUACAGAGGAAGAGGAAAAAUGUAAAGAAUCUAAAAGUCAACCAAAACGCGAGCCAAGUAGAGCAGUUCACAACACAGGGAGGUUUAGUCCAGACCUUGAUUCUCCCAACAAAUCUUUGUCAGGAUAUACCAAGGGAAAUGAUAUGUCAGCAGGGGUGGAUUCUUCAAAUGCAGUACAGAAGAAUGUACUGCCACAAACUAGAAGCUCACAAUAUGAAGCAAAUGUCGAGGAUAAACACCAAGGCCAGAACGAAGACGAUUCUUCAACUGUAAAACCUGAGGAGAAUUUGAGAAAUGAAGAAGACCAGAAAAAGGCUGAUGAAAUGCGUCGAGAGAAUUUCAAAUCAAAUCGAGAAUUAUUCAUGAAGAAAAUACAAACAGAAGCUGAACAAAAUGUUCAGGUUGGCAGGCGAGAAAACAACAAAAAGGUUCGACCGAAAUCAUUUUAUGGUGGAAUGUUUAACAAACCAAUACAUCAAAUCAUCGACGAUUCACUGCUUGGUCAGAAUGUGGACUCCACAAGCGUUGGAGAUCUGGUAGAUGAGGAGGCGUUAAAACAAUUCCAGCGAGAACAAGAGUUGAAGAAAGAGCAUGAAAAAGUAAACAAACUUCGUUCUAGUCUUGAGCGAGAAUCAAGUUACACUGUAGAAAAUGUCGAACAACUAUUUUCUGAAACUGACAUGGAGAUUAAGAAGCAAGCUGGAAAUGAUUGGGAUAAUCUUAGAAGGAAAGAGGUGCGUUCAAAAUUGCAAGUAUAUAAUGAUGAAUUAUUCUCCGGCAGCGGAGAAGAAAGUAUAAGUAUUUUCGUAAUUGGUGAACAAGCGGUUUGCAAGGUUCUGCAAUUUUGUUGUUUAUAUUACUACAACUUACGUCUAUUACUACAACAUGGUCUUGUAGCAUGUACCGCUUAUAUCUUUUUAUGGUAAUUUUCUCAUGCACUUUCUAACUUCUCGUUGCAGGCCACAGCAUCAUCUCAUCCUCAUCGUCGGUCUCUGGUGAACACCUUAACAACCGAGUGGGAUUCAUUCCUUGAUAUUUUGGAAGACGAUAAAAGGUUUGUGAUAUUUCUUUAAUCAAACGAAAAACGUGAUGCCAAAUUUUACAAAACAUGUAAACAAGAGUUCUAUGAAUCUCUUCUAACUACUAAUUUGUUGGUUUUCACUCUCAGCUUUAAUUAUAUUACUGUGUUUCGUCGAACCCCUAUGUUGGUUACUUCUAGCUGGACAUUUCACCUUUGGAAUCGUUUAAGAUAUGCGUAUACAUGAUUUAAGUUACCCACCUGGCUGUACUGUUUCAGUUUGUGGUAUGAUCAGAUCAUUGAUCAUUGUAGGAACGAUAUUGGUCAUCCAUAGAUUUAGUUAUAUUAAUUCGGCUUCUCGCUAAUCCCUGCUCACCGAAUAAAAAUUGAUCAGUCAUUGGUGUGUAAUCUUUUAUUUUUACAUACAAAUAACUCUACAAAUAACAAUUAUAGUCCAAUUUCAAAUAUGGCCAUUGCUUCCAAAAUUACAGGAAGCAAGCGCAAACAAUGUCAAAACAUCCUAACCCCUUUCCUCUCCUCUCCUUCCCCCUUUCCUCCCCCUUUCCUCCCCCUCCCCCUUUCCUCCCGUCCCCCUUCUUCCAGUCAACAAAUGUAAAUAUGGGAAAAUCCGAUUCAUAUUAGUACUAAAAUAUCGUUAUUCUUUGACUUGUAAAGGCGGGAAUCAGAGACGAUAAAGAUGAGACAAGAAAUCAGUGCACAGGUAGGACCAUCUUAUUUAGAGUCUAGUUUGCUUUCCUUUGUUCGGCCAACCUGUUGAUGAUUUGAAAAAUUAGUUUAUUGAUUCUUUCUCAUGUUGAUUCACUAAUGGAGUAGUAUUGCGUAAAGUUGUGUGAUUAACUUGAAUUACAACCAAUGAUUUAAUCAGAGCUAUGAUGUGGUUUUUAUAUAAGCAUCCCAUUUGAGGUUUUUUCUUCAAUUAUAUUUUUGUAACGUUUUCAAACAUUAGAGAAAAUGUAGCCCCGCUCGAGCUUCAGUUACCACACGAGCUUCAGUGACGACUCCUGUCGAUGUUGUGAAGAGUGAUAUUUCUAAAGAAAUUUUGGAAGAAAAAGAAAUAUUUGCCAAACAAAAUGGAAAAGUUAAAAAGCUGGUCACAUCAUACAAGCGUUUGUCUGUACCGUGUUUUCUCAACCAAGAUGAUACAUGGAAUAUUGAAAAUUCAGUUAAGAUAUUUGUUUUCGCGUAGUUGACAGUUGUGACACUAACCGGCUUAAAUUUCGAACUAACUACUAAUUGGCUAAUCUUUACUAACUCUUCAAAUAUCAUCUUAGUGGUUAACCUGGAGCUUGACUUACAGCAGCUUAGCUUCUAGCUUUCUCAAGAAUUUGCUUUUUUGUUUACAUUUUUAUUCGUUUAUCCAUUGCUUAAAAUAAGAAGGCUCGAUAUGACGUUUACAACGGCUAAAUUAAUAGAAGUAGAAAAUUUAGGAGAUGGAGCGUGUUUAGUAUAAUGAAUUAAAGUAUAGUCGUUUCUUAAUUAUUUAUUUUGUUUACGAUUUAAUCACUAACAUAGCCACUUGUAGAGCAAUAACGUAAGUUGUGUUGUACACGUGAAUUAGUUUGGUGUUGAGCCUCUUGCGCUGUGCUGUGUUAAUAACUUGCUUUGUAUUGUUUAGUAAUCCUUCUCGUAUAUUUUCUUUGACUUGUUUCAUUGUUUUAAACAUCGAACGUUUCAUGUCCCGAGACUAAUGUUAGGGGCGUAGGAAGCUUGAUAAACUUAUAGGGGCCCAAGAAUCUCUAGAUCAGAGUCUUCUCUACGUCUUUCGUUAGGCCCUUUCAUUAAUUCAUUCUGAUUAUGAUUUGUGAGUCUAUACUAUUUGUGAGUCAGAUGGAUUAUUAUUAUUUAUGGGGGUUGGGUGGGGGGCAAAAACUAUUCCGCCUUCCCCUAUCAAAUAUUGGGGGCUCGCGACUCCCCCGUCCCCCUGCUUCCUACGCCCCGAACGAAAACUAUAACGGACUUUAGAUCAUUAACAAUAGAUUCGGCACAUGAAAGGUUCAAUGUUUGAAACGAAUCUUUUGCCACAGCCUCACAUACGCUUUAAAGUACUGCGACGUGCGAAGAGUUGUAAAAAAGCUUUCCACACGUUCGUAAUACUUUGCAUAAUAUCUAUUUAUUCAUGCGCUUCAUUUUAUAGUGUUUCCGUUAUUCAUGACUAUAUUUUGGAUAUUAGUCAGAAUCGUUUCAUUAAUCACUUACAUGUUUUUGUAAAACUAGGAAGAAGAUUCUAAUACAUUUGAAACAAAUCUCCAAGCAAAAAAUUCACCAAAAUCGUACAGACAGGAACCUGACGAUGUAAGUAAAUGCUUAGACUUGCCCAAG